AUGAGGAAAGAAAACCAAACAGAGCUUUCUGGGUUCCUCCUUCUGGAUCUCUCCACGCAGCCGGAGCACCAGCGUCUCCUGGCCUCUCUCUUCCUCGCCAUGUACCUGCUCAUUCUUCUGGGCAACCUGCUGAUCAUCCUGCUGAUUCGCUUAGAUGCUCACCUCUGCCAGACUCCCAUGUAUUUCUUCCUCACCCACCUCUCUUUGGCUGAUGUGGGAUUUGCCUCUGUGACCAUCCCAAAGAUGCUGCAGAACCUUCUCUUCCAGGUCAAGACCAUCUCUUACAGUGGGUGCUUGGUGCAGAUGUAUUCCUACAUGGCUUUCGGCAACACAGACAGCUUCCUCUUGGCUUCCAUGGCCUAUGACCGCUACCUGGCUAUCUGCCACCCUCUCUACUAUACCACCCUGAUGAGUCACAAGCGAUGCCUUCUACUGGUGACCACUUGUUGGGUCCUGGCGUCUCUCCACUCUUUGCUGUACACCUUGAUGAUGUCUCGCCUUGCUUUCUGCUCCACUCGGGAGAUCCCCCAGUUCUUCUGUGAGAUCUACCCUCUGCUGGGACUUUCGUGCUCCGACACCAGUCUUAUAGAGACCACGGCCCUGGUGGAAGGCUUUUUGGAUGUCCUGGGCCCAUUCUUCCUCGUCGUGAUUUCCUACGUGCGCAUUUUCUACACCAUUCUAAAUGUCCCAUCCAAACACGGGAAGCGCAAGGCCUUCUCCACAUGUGGUUCCCACCUGAGCGUGGUCAUCCUGUUCUAUGGUAACCUCUGCUGGGUCUACUUGCAGCCUCCUUCUAAGAACUCGGACAAGAGUGUUGUUCCUUCCCUCAUGUACACAGUGGUGACUCCAAUGCUGAACCCAUUCAUUUACACCCUCAGGAACAAUGAGAUGAAGGCUGCCUUGAAGAGACUGGUCGGCAGGCUUAGAUCCUUCCAAGGAUGA